UCUUUAGUGGGAGUUGGCCGCCGGAUGAAAGUGAAGAGUGAAGAGAUAAAAGCAAGUACUUUGGGCAUGGCGCGGUCAGUCAGUGCUUACCUUUGGGAUAUCUCCACACAGUAUGAGGACUGCUCUGUUAUGUUCUGUUGUGGGAGUGCUGCUAGCCCUGGUACUGGCUGAAUCGUCACCAUCAUCAUCUUCACCACAAUCCAAGCAGCAGCAGACCACAGAACAGAAAUCGGCUGAGGACAAGUCAGACCAGCAUCACAGUGGUGAUGCAGUGGCUCAGCCGGCCACCAGUUACAGCACUGUGGUCUACCACGAUCCACCACAGCAUGAGGGCGGAGUUGGUGGGGGUGGUAGAGGGGGGAACGAGGGGAGUCACUCUGCCAGGGUGACGAAGGCGGCUGCUCUAGGGGACAUCGCCGCUGCUGGAGCUGAGUCCACUGCUAGCUUCAGACUGUACCACCCCAAACUAGAGGACUACAUGAGCAACAUGAACCCCUCGCUGGUACAGAGCCUGAUGAAGCAGCAGCCGCAGACGUUUGGCAAGCUCGAGGGCGGAAGUGAGUCAGUGUCCCAGGGUGGAUCAGUGGCCCAGGCUGGACCAGUGGCACAAGCGGCCACCAAGCUGCUCUAUCCGCCCAAGAAGUACAAGAGUGUGGUGCCGGGGUCGCAGCAGACCGCUUUCAAUGUCGGAUAUAGCAUCGGGUUUGGUGGAGGUGGAGGAGGAGGGUCGGAUGGUGGAGGAGGAGGAGGAGGAGGGGGAGGAAGCAGACAACCCCAUCCGCAGGCUCUUGUCGGACAUGAAGAGGUAGUGACAGGCAAACCGAAACAGCGAGUGCGCGUCGAAGGGAAGAACUCUGUGUGGAAACAGCUGAGCCCCAACGUUGAGAUGUCGUCCGCAUCUUCCGCACUGAGCCAGGGUCGUUACGCAUUCGACCACGACCAAGCACUCGGCCAGAGCAACGUGUUCGACGCGAGCAACGCGGUGGAGGAUCCGCUUCUGCCGCUUGCGAUGCCGCUCACCUUCCCGCUGCCGCUAGCGGCAUUCGACAAUGUGUUCAUUCCGCCGCAAUCGGCCGCUGUCAGUCGUCCGCUGCCGCAGGCGGUCGCCGUCACGCCGGGACAGUUUAGGACCGGCCUGCCGCCGGUCGCCGCCACACCGGCACAGUUUUCACAUCUCUCAUUGAACACAAGUUUCUUCACAAUAAUCAGUAAGACAGUAGUAACAGGCAAACCGAAACAGCGUGUGCGCGUCGAAGGGAAGAACUCUGUGUGGAAACAGCUGAGCCCCAACGUUGAGAUGUCGUCGGCAUCCUCCGCACUGAGCCAGGGUCGUUACGCAUUCGACCACGACCAAGCACUCGGCCAGAGCAACGUGUUCGACGCGAGCAACGCGGUAGAGGAUCCGCUUCUGCCGCUAGCGAUGCCGCUCACCUUCCCGCUGCCGCUAGCGGCAUUCGACAAUGUGUUCAUUCCGCCGCAGUCGGCCGCUGUCAGUCGUCCGCUGCCGCAGGCGGUCGCCGUCACGCCGGGACAGUUUAGGACCGGCCUGCCGCCGGUCGCCGUCACCCCGGGACAGUUUCGCACUGGUCACUCCCUGCAACUGAAGCCCACCGAUAGUCCGAGCGAUGCCAAGCCAUUAGCCAGUUUGCACAGUGUUCAUACUCUUCUGCCUCAGGAAAACAUGUUCCACCAGGCGACUGGCACUCUACAGACAGCAGACGGUCUCACACUGCCAGCCAUGCAACAUGUGUUGGUGACGGGGGCAGACGGCCAGAUGAUUCCCGCCUAUCUCAUUCCGGUGGCUGCAUUGGGGGCAGCACAACCCCUUCCCCGCCACCCCAACUCAUUCUUCCCCCACCACCGACCAUCCUCUUCCUCCUCCUCCUCACACCCUCCCAGAGGAGAUGCCUACGAUCACCACAGGCACGAACCACACCACCACAAUCAAAAUUCAAAUUCAAAUUUCCACAAUCACCACCAGAAACAUUCUGGAAAUUUGGUGGCGUCAGCUGCUAGUCCCCACCCUGAACGCCUGAAACCUUUCAGACCGUCGCAGCCACUCGGUUUGGACGGCUUCACCAUAUCUAGCAACCCUCACACACAUGCACCGCUACAUCACGCGCACACGCACCACCGCCAGCGGCCGCCCUAUGCGACCAGGAGUGUCGUCAGUGAGGGAGGAGGAGGUGGAGGGUUCAAGGCGGUCGAGUCCAGUGAUCAGCGCCAGGUUCCCACCAGCAUGUACGUGCUGAAGCCACCCUCACCAGAAAAAUCAGCCAGUUCGGAAGGGUCGUCGUUCUCCUACCAGGUGUUCGAUCAGCCGCAAGCAUCACCCGCACCGCAGCCGCAACCGCAACCGCCCAAGUACCGCACCAUAGUGCAGUUGCGGCCAGUGCAGCCGUCCGGCGUCAGUGGCGUCGUCAGUAAUCUGCUGCCCGGAUUGCGGCCGUCACGUGACCUCGCCGGCGAGCAGACCGUGCUCAAUGCCAUACUGUCGCAGGAACUUUUAAGAAAAAACGCGGCAAAUAGGAACGCACCAAUUAUCGCGCAGACGGUUUAUGGUGUCAGGAGUUAUCGGUAG